AUGAAAUGUAGAGCAUACUUUAAAGAUAAACCCUUGAGUGAAAUUAAUGUAGAAGGAUUAAGUAAGUUUAGAGAAAAGUCUACAUGGUACCCGAGUAAAGUGGACCCAGCAUUAGAAACAUUUUUGAAUGCCUUGCAAGAUAAGGUAUUCGCUAUUAAGGAAAGGGGUCAUAAUUUUAGUAAUUUGAGUGCGGAAGAGCGAGAAGCUUUUAAGAAUUUAAAGGGAUAUAGGGAUAUAGUAAUAAAAGGGGCUGAUAAGGGGUCUGCGGUAGUGGUUUGGGGAUUAGAGGAUUAUUGUAAGGAAGCUAAUAGACAAUUGGCUGAUGUUUUAGUUUACGAAAAUGUAUCGGAAGAAGGAAAUCCACUUGCAAAGGUUUCAGAAAUAGUUCGGAAUAAAUUAGAGAAUUUGAAAGGAAAGGCGGUUAUUAGCGAAAAGAAUUUUAAUUAUCUAAGGGGUAAGCAUAAUAAAUUGGGCAGAUUCUAUUUGCUUCAAAAAUUCACAAACGGCUGGUUGAUGUCCCAGGUCGUCCAGUUAUAUCUAACUGUGGGACACCGACGGAGGGUUUGUCGGAAUUAGAGUAUCAUUAUUUACAACCUAUUGUUAAGAGUCUGCCCAAUGUUAUAAGGGAUACUACGGAUUUUUUGAAAAGGCUGCAGGAUUUGGGUGAUAUUCCAGAGGGAGCGAUUUUGUGCACAAUGGAUGUUGUGGGACUGUACCCGCAUAUUCCUCAUUUGGAAGGUCUGUCUAGUAUGAGAAAAAGUAUUGAGGAUUUCAGAAUAAAAUGUGGUAUGGAUAAAGGGGGAGGGACUUUCUGUAGAUGA